AUGACAAGGUCUCAGGACCAUGAAGAUACUUCAGGAAGACAUGAUAUGCCACAAUCUGUCACAGAAAGCUUUGCCAGAGUGAUCCAUGGCUUGACAGUGGGGCACCUGACAGAUCACGUUAUUCAAAGAAGCAAGAGAAUGAUUCUGGAUACUCUGGGUGUUGGCUUCCUGGGAACCAGUACAGAAGUGUUUCACAAAGCCAGCGAAUACAGUAAGAUCUACAGUUCCAACAUGUCCAGCAGUGUUUGGGGUCGACCAGACCUAAGACUCCCUCCAUCAUAUGCUGCUUUUGUGAACGGUGUGGCUAUUCACUCAAUGGAUUUUGAUGACACAUGGCAUCCCGCCACCCACCCUUCUGGAGCUGUCCUUCCUGUCCUCAUGGCUUUAGCAGAAGCUUUCCCUUCAAGUCGAACAUUUUCUGGCCUUGAUCUGCUGCUGGCUUUCAAUGUUGGGAUUGAAGUACAAGGCCAAUUAUUGCAUUUCUCCAAAGAAGCCAGUGACAUACCAAAGAGAUUCCAUCCCCCCUCAGUGGUAGGAACUUUGGGUAGUGCGGCGGCCGCAUCCAAGUUUUUAGGGCUCAGCAUGACAAAGUGCCAAGAGGCCCUGGCUAUUGCUGUUUCUCAUGCCGGGGCACCCAUGGCAAAUGCUGCCACUCAGACCAAGCCUCUUCAUAUUGGCAAUGCUGCCAGGCAUGGGAUGGAAUCCGCUUUCCUGGCAAUGCUGGGUCUCCAAGGAAACAAGCAGGUCUUGGACAUGCAGACAGGCUUUGGGGCCUUCUAUGCCAACUACUCCCCACAGGUUCUUCCAAACCUAGAUUCCCACACGUGGCUGUUGGACCAGCAGGAUGUGGCCUUCAAGAGGUUCCCUGCACAUCUGGCCACCCACUGGGUGGCGGACGCAGUUACGUCCGUCCGAAAGCACCUUGUAACAGACAGAGCCCUGCUUCCCACUGACCGCAUUGAGAGAAUUGUGCUCAGAAUUCCAGAUGUCCAGUAUGUCAACAGGCCCUUCCCAGACUCGGAGCAUGAAGCUCGUCACUCGUUCCAGUAUGUGGCCUGUACCACACUGCUCGAUGGUGGCAUCACCGUCCCAUCCUUCCACAAAUGCCAGAUCGACAGGCCACAGGUGAGAGAGCUGCUCAGGAAAGUGCAGCUGGAGUACCCUCGGGACAACCUGCCAAGCUUCAACACACUAUACUGUGAGGUAAGUGUCACUCUCAGUGAUGGAGCCACCUUCACAGAGUGCUCAGAUACCUUCUACGGCCACUGGAGGAAGCCACUGAGCCAGGAGGACCUGCGGGAGAAGUUCAGAGCCAAUGCCUCCAGCACGCUGUCCCGCGACACAGUUGAAAGGCUUCUGGAGAUCGUAGAGAACCUAGAAGACCUAGAAGAUUGUUCUGUGCUAACCACUCUGCUGAAAGGACCCUCUCCACCAGAGAUGGUUUCAAAAUCUAUCCAGCAUUUAACAAUUCCAUCGUACAAUCUCUUCUGA